GGGGGCGGAAUCAAUCGCAAAGGCUACAAGGCUACACGAGGCACGCUAUACAGGGAGAGAAAGGAAGGAGGACAGACUUAACCAGGCACCAAACGACUGCUCCGCGCCACGGCAACCCAAAUUCACGAUGGCGCAAGAAAUGCCCGAGUUUAAGCUUAUCCUUGUCGGAGACGGCGGUGUCGGAAAGACGACCUUCGUGAAGCGGCACGUGACGGGAGAGUUCGAGAAGAAGUAUGUCGCUACCCUCGGCGUGGAGGUGCGCCCUCUCCCCUUUCACACCAACCGCGGGCCGAUCAAGUUCAACGUCUGGGAUACCGCAGGGCAGGAGAAGUUCGGCGGGCUUAGGGACGGAUACUACAUCCAGGGUCAGUGCGCGAUCAUCAUGUUCGACGUGACGAGCCGCAUCACCUACAAGAACGUGCCUAACUGGCACCGAGACUUGACGCGAGUCUGCGAGCACAUCCCGAUCGUUUUGUGCGGGAAUAAGGUAGAAAUCAAGGACCGCAAGGUUAAGGCAAAGCAGAUCACGUUCCACCGCAAAAAGAACCUGCAGUACUACGACAUCUCGGCGAAGUCCAACUACAACUUCGAGAAGCCCUUCCUGUGGCUGGCCAAGAAGCUCGUCGGGGACGCAAACCUUCAGUUCGUGGAGCAACCCGCGCUUCAGCCACCGGAGUUCGUCAUCAACCAGGCGGACCAGCUUAAGUUCCAGCAGGAGAUCGACGCGGCCGCAGCGGUGCCCCUCCCCGACGAGGACGACGACCUGUGAUGAUUUUGCGGUGCUCCCUGCCACUUCUCCCUUUUCCUCCGUACCCGUAAACCACGAGAAAGUAUAUACAAGAAAAAAAAAGAAUGGGGCGGUGGUCGGACGUCAUCGAUUUCCUUUUUGCUGCCGCCGCCCUCUUGAGGCUUGUCAAGUACUGGACUAAUCGGUUCUGACUUUCAGUCACGCCCACUGCUGUCUUGGGGUUGAAGCCCUCACCCCCCCCCUACGGCCGUGACCGGGAUUUUGGUCAGACUACAUACACCAUCCGCGGUGAUGUGGCGGCCCGUCUGACGCGUCUUCCCGGGUCACCCUCCGGGGAGACGAUGGGUGGUUGAUGAUGAUCGUUGUUGUUGUUACUGCGUGUGUGUGUGCCCGCGACACCGUCGCGGUGAUGAUGGCGGCGUUGAUUUUUUCUGCCGACAGAACUGGUUGGGUGACGCCAACGAGUUGGAAGGGCAACGGCAGGGGCAAGUACAGAUGGUCUGCGAGGACCGGGGGGUGCAGCAGCUGCAGACCUGAAGCUUGAUUUCGGGGGUGCCGACUAGCGGGCGGUUGUGUGCGGGGUGAUUAUGGAGACCGAGUAGUGUUGGUUUGUCUCACGGUGGUUUUUCUUGGUUGGCCAUGGUCUGGUCUGUUGAGUUGUGCUUGCCUCGUCUCGCGGUGUACUCCUACUUAGUCUGUGGCAGCAGUAGGCAGGUGGUAAGUAGCAGCUCUUUUCCCGCUCGGUUGCUGCAUUCGAGUCUCUCUCCCCACAAAGAACGCGAUGGCUACUAUGGUACCCUCUCUUUCGCUCUGUUGCUUGUUCCAGCCCGUGUUUCCCGGAUGGAUGCGGUGGACCGGGGCGUGCGAGGGAAAAAAGACGGACGGAGAACAACAAGAAGCGGGAAAUGACAGCGCUCGCUUUUUGUCGUGUCACUGCGUCGCAAACAGUUCGCUGGCCUGUCAUUGUCUCUGGCGUCCGUUGAUCUGACGUGUUGCGCUCUGUGGACGUUAUUCCACUGUACAAGCUUGGUCGACACCCGUAGCAGUUCAUCGUAGAGUGAAGGGUUGGUAGCCUCGGGGGCAAGGAUCGCGUGAUGGGUCGGUGUUGAGCCGGGGCACGCACCGUAGCGGUCGGGAAGAUGCCUCGCAGGGCUUCCUGGUUUUCCUGAUCUCGCCUGGCCUUCCGCCCCUAACCGGUAGUGAGCAUGACCAGGGCGGCGGGCCGACGUCCUCUCUUUCGGGGGGUUGGUUUGUGAUUUUGAUGGGGGGGUGAUCACGUGGGAAUGAAUGUUAUGAUUGGUAAUAGUGUGGGAAGUGAGUCACUUUGGUUUGUUUCGAAUUUAUGCAACAUGGAGGAAUGUUUAAUCGUGUCUCCCAUGAGCGCGGCACCACUGUUGAAUGCUGUGGCUCACAUUCCGCUAGCAGUUCCUCAUCCACUCUGUAUCAAAAUCUCUGGUGAAACAUGGGCAGUUGUAGUAAACAGUGACGCGACAUCUUGCGCACAUACUUGCAAGGAUCGCGACGAGUGUCUUGUGUUUCAACUUUGACCUAGGGAUACACAUGAUAGUGGGCCCUUAAAACAACGCUCGUUCAAGAAUGCCGGUGGCCCUGUAUUGCCCCCGU